AUGGCUACUGUGCUUGCGGAACUGGGUUUUCCAUUUACGAUGUGGCUGCAGCCGCCAUAUGGAACAUCAAGACAUCAAGUUCCGGUGUACAAAAGGGGACCCGCGCUAAGCAACCUCCUUGGCUCUUACUUCAAAAUGCUGUUAUUCCAGCUCGACACGACAAAUUCAUGUGCACAUUUUAAGAGUUCAUAUUUUGACUUCCGAAAACAAGAUAUCACUUAUGACGUUUUGGACGACGUACCGUGUUAUCGUACUGUGACAUUACCUGGAGAACAACACCGGGCAUGUGGAGGGGACACCGAAGCGUGUUGGACCGGUCCGGAGCUGAUGAAAGAGACAAGACGCCCAGUGAAGGAGGAGGAACUGGGAUUGUGCAUUAUUAUACUGAUUAUUGCCCGGGCCUGGCACUUCAUCGGCGCUGCAAGUACACGCACAAACCUGUCCUCAGAGUUGCGCCUGCUGAGCCGCACGCACCGUGAGCAUCAGCAGCAGGAUCCAGAAACAGAAGAGAAGGCGCCCAAGCUGUGGGACAGGGCCCCACGGCGCAGCGGGCGCUCCGAGCCCCCCGUGCCUGGCACCGGCUCAGGGGAGCAGAGGGUGCGGAUGACGGGCAGGUACGCGGACGAAUGCGGGCGACCCAACUUCAGCAGUGAUUCUUUCCUGCUGUUGAGGUCGGCGCCCGGGCCGCCCGCGCCCCCGGGGUCGCAGGCGGCGCCGCAGGCCCCCCCGGCCGGCCACCAGAUAGUGCACGUCCGGGGGGACUCGGAGACCGACCUGGAGGCGCUCUUCAACGCCGUCAUGAACCCCAAGACGGCCAACGUGCCCCAGACCGUGCCCAUGAGGCUGCGGAAGCUGCCCGACUCCUUCUUCAAGCCGCCGGAGCCCAAGUCCCACUCCCGCCAGGCCAGUACUGAUGCAGGCACUGCAGGGGCCCUGACUCCACAACAUGUUCGAGCUCAUUCCUCUCCAGCUUCCCUGCAGCUGGGAGCCGUAUCCCCCGGGAGCCUGACGCCCACCGGAGUGGUCUCUGGCCCAGCAGCUGCACCCACCGCGCAGCACCUUCGACAGUCUUCCUUUGAGAUCCCUGAUGAUGUGCCUCUGCCGGCAGGCUGGGAAAUGGCAAAGACGUCUUCUGGUCAGAGGUACUUCUUAAAUCACAUCGAUCAGACGACAACGUGGCAGGACCCCAGGAAGGCCAUGCUCUCCCAGAUGAGCGUCACGGCGCCCACCAGCCCCCCAGUGCAGCAGAGUCUGAUGACCUCGGCCUCAGGUCCUCUUCCUGAUGGAUGGGAGCAAGCCGUGACUCAGGAUGGAGAGAUAUACUAUAUAAACCAUAAGAACAAGACCACCUCUUGGCUAGACCCAAGGCUUGACCCUCGUUUUGCCAUGAACCAGAGAGUCAGCCAGAGUGCCCCGGUGAAGCAGCCCCCGCCACUGGCCCCGCAGAGCCCUCCGGGGGGCGUCCUGGGCAGCGGCGGCUCCAGCCAGCAGCAGCAGAUGCGCCUGCAGCAGCUGCAGAUGGAGAAGGAGCGGCUGCGCCUGAAACAGCAGGAGCUGCUCCGCCAGGCAAUGCGGAAUAUCAAUCCCAGCACAGCAAAUUCUCCAAAAUGUCAGGAAUUAGCUCUUCGUAGCCAGUUACCGACACUGGAGCAGGAUGGUGGGACUCCAAACCCCGUGCCUUCCCCUGGGAUGUCUCAGGAACUGAGAACAAUGACCACCAGUGGCUCGGACCCCUUUCUGAACAGUGGCACCUACCACUCGCGGGACGAGAGCACAGACAGUGGGCUGAGCAUGAGCAGCUACAGCGUCCCUCGGACCCCGGACGACUUCUUGAACAGCGUUGACGAGAUGGACACAGGUGACACUAUCAACCAAAGCACCCUGCCCUCCCAGCAGAACCGUUUCCCAGACUACCUAGAAGCCAUUCCGGGGACGAACGUGGACCUUGGCACGCUGGAGGGAGACGGGAUGAACAUCGAGGGAGAGGAGUUGAUGCCGAGUCUGCAGGAAGCUCUGAGCUCUGACAUCCUCAAUGACAUGGAGUCCGUGUUGGCUGCCACCAAGCUCGAUAAAGAAAGCUUUCUUACAUGGUUGUAGGGCUCUCAGGUAGACUGAAUUCCCAAUCUGUGAAGGAUCUAAGGAGAAGUUUCUCGGUAAGCCAGUCGCAGUCUUCUGGUUAAUAGCGACAAAGAUGAACAGACGUCCCGCAAGAAGACUCUCUGACCCCCUGUUAUCCCUCCUUGUGCAUUGCUGCUGUUGACGUGUUGCUGGCCUCUUUCUCAGUUGGCUCUGGAGAAUCAAAACCUGUCUGCUUCUUUUACCGUUGUAACUACUGUCUGUUCUGGGGGCCGGGGGAGGUGAGCCUGUUCGGAUGAUGGAUGCCAUUCCUUUUGCCCAGUGAGGUGUUCCCGAUCGUUGUACUAAAUGCUCAGACUUGGAAGUGAACCGCUUCACGUCACAGCAUUGGCCUUGAUCAGGCAGUUGUUUCUUUGGCCGCCAAGCCGAAACUGUUGCAUCGAUGUUCCGUACUUCAUGCCGAUUGGAUGCGCAAGCGGAAACCAAGGCUGAAGACUGUUUUACUUUCAAUGGUUUUUCCCCUCCUAGUGCUGUCAUUAGUC